AUUUAAAAAAACUCAAAAUGGGAAAAACGAGUAAAGUUAAAAAGACGAAAGCAGGAUCAUCAACUGGAAAUGUUCAAUCACUUCCAUUUAACACCGACAAAGGACAACAUAUUCUCAAAAAUCCUGGAGUUGUGAAUGCAAUCGUUGAGAAAUCAGCUCUUAAAGCCACCGAUACAGUGCUUGAAGUCGGACCAGGAACAGGAAACUUGACGGUUAAAAUGCUGGAGGUGGCAAAAACUGUAAUUGCAUGUGAAAUCGAUCCUAGAAUGAUUGCUGAAGUCAAGAAAAGAGUUAUGGGAACACCUCUACAAAACAAAUUACAAGUUAAUGGAGGAGAUGUAAUGAAAAUGGAAUGGCCAUUCUUUGACGUUUGUGUUGCCAAUCUUCCAUAUCAAAUCUCAUCUCCUUUUGUGCAAAAAUUGUUAUUACAUAGACCACUUCCAAGAUACGCAGUUCUCAUGUUCCAAAAAGAGUUUGCUGACCGGCUAGUUGCUCGACCGGGAGAUAAAGAUUACAGUAGACUUUCUGUUAAUGUUCAGCUAUUGGCUAAAGUUGAGAUGCUGAUGAAAGUGAAGAGAACCGAAUUCAGACCACCGCCAAAAGUUGAUUCAGCAGUCGUCAGAAUCGCUCCCAAGAAUCCACCACCGCCAGUGAAUUUUGUCGAAUGGGAAGGACUUCUUCGUUUGUGCUUCAUGCGAAAAAACAAGACACUGAUGGCUAUUUUCCGACUUUCUAAUGUUAUUGAGGUUAUCGAGGAUAAUUUCAGAAAAGUAUGCAGUUUCAAAAACAAACCAAUUCCAAAGGAUCUUAACAUGAAAAAGGUUAUUGAAGAGACAUUAACAGCUUCGGGAUAUGGAGAAAGCCGCGCUCGAAAAAUGAGAGUUGAGGAUUUUUUGGCACUUCUUCUCGCUUUCAACAAGGCAGAUAUUCACUUUUUGUCUUGAAUAUCACAAUCAUCUUUAUUUGUUUUACUGUUAUCCAUUUGUUCUUUGUUUUGUUGAAUUUCGCGCCAUCAAAAAUUUUGAUUAAAAAAAUACGUUGAU